UUUCUACAAAUCGCGCGGGUACACAUCACGGAUGGCGUGACGCACACUACAAGAGUUUUCGGCCAGUAAGGGCUAGAACGUCACAACCUUCGACUCCUCGGCGUUCAUUUCACGAGCGUCAAAUGAACCUAUCCUGCGAACCCAGCGGAGCGCGCCGAGGAGGAGCGACCAAAACUUGCGGAGAAAUACAUUUCUUCCUGGCUACGGUCGCUCAUUACGCCAUGGUAUUAAGACAAUUGUUCUGGCCUCUCAAUAACCGACGUGGACACGGGUGACGGACCGAAAGAGCUUGAGAUCCGGGGAGACAUGACUUGAGCAGUAUGCCAGAGGAAGAACUGAAGAACCGAUCUGCACAGACUGGUGUGGACCUUGGGGAUGCGCAAGACAGCACGGGCACUUGUAACCAAGGCAAUGAAAUCCAGCUGACACCUCUGUCCCCGCCUGGCUUUGUAGUGCUGGUGGUCAGCAUCACAAGCGCACUGUUCAGCAUUUACAAAGGAAGCAUUCUGUUGAGAAUGCUCAAGCAGCACACUAUGAAUGAGGAAGAAGCACGUUUUGGAAUACCACAACGCGCAGAUGCAUUUCACGGAACAGUUUUUGUGUGCCAAGGUGCGCUCUACUGCGUCCAGAUCUACUUGCUGGUGAACUACUCCAAUCGACGCAGGAAGAUUUCCUGGAUGGUACUGUUGGCGUUUGUGGUGUGCAGUCUUCUGCUGAGCGACUUUGAAGAACCACUUCACAGCGUCUUCUUCCUGAGCAGUGCCGUCCUUGCCACAGUGUGCGUUGUCUUCCGCCGCACUCAACUCAAGACGUCCAGCUACUGAACUCUGAUGGAAGAUGUCCUUUUCAUGCAGUCAUCACAUUGCUUAGCUUUUAACAUAUGGCACGUCAGUACUGCCCUGCAACUUCGUUGUCGCCAGCACGUCUGUGAUAGGUCUUAUUGUCUGUGUGCCGUCUUAGAAAAAUUGUUAUGUGUAUCUUUUCCUCCAAGCUUAAUAUUAAUUACUUAGGAGUGUAGCAAAGACAAAACUGGGAAGUGUUCCACCUUCAGUCCGAGCGCACUGGACGCCACGAGCUAUCCCAGCCGAUCCAGCGCCAGGAGAAAAUCGUGCGACCUGCCGGUUGCGCAGAGCGACACAGGGAGCUCAAGGUCACAUGACACUCAAUGCUAGAUUGGCUGGGAUGGCUCCUAGCGUCCGUUGCGCACGGACUGAAGGUGAAACGGAGUAUAGCCCUCUACUUUUCUAGUUACAUCUAUACUUGCAUUGGAUACGCAUGGUCACAUGAAACUACAAUGAACAGAUAUAAACCGAGAACGUUAUCGAGUUUUCACACCAUCAGUGGCAAACACUGAAGCCAGGUCUGCAUACCAAUGUCACGGCAUAGACAUUUUUAUAGAAGCACAAGAUCUAAAAUUGAAUGCAGUUCAAAUGAACAUGCACUAAACUGGGCAUUCUUUUAGUUCAAAGCACUAGAACUUUGCCAUAUCUGCAAUGGUAAUAGGAUUCAGUUGCUGUGCAAUAACCACAUCAAUUCCUCCCUGCUGGUUGGAUUGCACCAACUAACUGUGUAUGUGGCGUGCCCAAACAAGAACCAAGCUGCCAAGUUAUGAACCAGUCUACUGUAACUAUCGUUUCCAAUGAAUGUAUCAACCCUUGCUAUUGGAGGAAAGAAUUCUAAACAGCACUUUGGAUGCAAGUAAAAAAAACCUUGAGCCUUUCCACUCUGGUGAAGGAAGAAGCCGUACUACCGUACUAUCUGGGAAGGAAGUAAUGGCUGGCCGCAAGUUGGCAAGCCAGAGUGGAAAGGCUGGAAAGGUUGCCGCGAUCUAUGAGCGACGGCGGCAACCAGACAACCGCCAAACAACACUCUGGACAGUUACUGCCAUCUAUGAGCGACGGCGGCAACGCCGGUAGUCUGGGUGCCGCCGUCGCUCAAAGAUGACGGUAGCUGUCCAGCGUUGCGUCGACAUCUCUUUGGGGACAGACACUAUCCUGCGGACACAAGCCCUUAACAGCUCCGCUGUAAAAUGUCUACUUGUCAUAAGAAUGUAACAAGACUGGUAUCGCUAAAGGAGGCAAGAUAAAUCAUUAUGAGAAAAAUAACUUUAAAUAAAUUGCAACAAGUGAUGCAUGCAAGUACUAUGGCAGAUACAACAGCUCAUACAAUCUUUCCUUUAUUGUUACAACACCAGGCAAUAGUAUGUUUACACACAGGGACAAUGUCUAUGGACACUCUUCCCGACAUACCAACCAAUACCAGCAAUAUUAGCACUUUUUCAUCUUCGUCCACAUAGCGGUCACUAAAACAAGUCUUCAUAUCCUUGCACAAAGCGUAAAACAAAAUCCAGAGCUUGUAAUGCUCGAUUCACGCUUUGUCCAAACACUUUUUUCUGCACGCGUAAAACAUGGGCAGUAGUGGUUACAUCAAAAAUAAGUACCUCCCGCUAUAAAUAGCCAUUAAAAAAAAAAAAGAAAGAAAAA